AAGUCCUCACCAGAGAACUCAAUCUGGACCGUUAAUUCAGCUUCACCCAUCGGAGCACAUCCAACGGUCAGAUUCAUUUCUAAAAAGGCAGUUUUAUUGCCUUCCAUCUCCCCCCAAACAGCAAUCCCUUAAGAGCGAAGAAGAGACGAAGGCGGAGAAAGAAGUGACGAACAUGGAAAGAGAGCAACAAGUUUACUUGGCAAGACUGGCCGAGCAAGCUGAAAGAUAUGAAGAAAUGGUUGAGGCCAUGAAGAGUGUUGCUAAGUUGGAUGUUGAACUGACUGUGGAGGAGAGGAAUUUGUUAUCUGUGGGAUAUAAGAAUGUGAUCGGGGCAAGAAGGGCAUCAUGGCGGAUAUUGUCUUCGAUCGAACAGAAGGAAGAGGCUAAGGGUAAUGAACAAAAUGUGAAGAGGAUAAAGGAGUACCGGCAGAAAGUUGAAGAUGAGCUAGCGAAGAUCUGCAAUGAUAUAUUAUCCGUCAUUGAUAAGCAUCUAAUUCCGUCUUCCUCGACCGGGGAAUCAACCGUUUUCUACUGUAAGAUGAAAGGAGAUUAUUUCCGUUAUUUGGCAGAAUUUAAAUCAGGAGAUGAUCGUAAAGAAGCUGCUGAUCAGUCCCUUGAGGCUUAUGAGGCUGCCACAACUACUGCAAAUUCUGAUUUGCCUCCAACUCACCCAAUUAGACUUGGCCUGGCUUUGAACUUCUCUGUUUUCUACUAUGAGAUAUUAAAUUCUGCUGAGAGGGCUUGCCAUCUGGCUAAACAAGCUUUUGAUGAGGCUAUUGCUGAACUCGAUAGCCUUAAUGAAGAAUCUUACAAGGAUAGCACCCUAAUUAUGCAGCUUCUCAGGGAUAAUCUCACCUUGUGGACCUCAGAUCUGCCAGAGGAAGGAGGUGAGCAAUCAAAAGGAGACGAACCUCAGGCAGAGAGUUAAUUCGAUGGAGGAGAAUUCUUUUAAGACUUGUCUAUCGUGGUAGAGUGACCUCUUUUCGAGUCGUAUUAGUACCUGAAUUUGUGACUUAUGGCUUGCAGACUUGCUCUGCUUUCUCAUGUGUUUAAACACAAUUGAAUAUGACAUUCUCUGAUUGUGCGUCAGUUUUUGGUUCUCAGCUUGUGUUUUCCAUGUGUGAUUAGCCUUUCUCUUGUGCUUUUUUUUAAUGGAAUCUCGUAUUA